AUGUCUUUCUUUUCUCCUGAUCCUCAAACUUCAGAGCUUGAGCACAUCCUCGCUCACACCCAUGGCGCAUAUGAAUCUAGAAUUGCCCGACGCCAUAACUUCGAGCUCGAAUUACUCUUCGGGAGAUUCGAAAUUCUCAGAGGAGAGGACUCCGGCAGUGCGUUCAAUGACUACUCUGUACUCUUUGUUCUUAUGAGUGCAUGA